CUCCGUCCGGUCCCGCCUAUUCUCUGCUGCACUGGACCUUUAGGCUUGUCUUGGCCCGUUUGAAGACUAGGAAGUUGAUAAGUCGCGAGGCUCGCUGCUGAGAGACGGUGGCUCGGGUGGGACAGUCGCCAGGGAUGGCGGAGUGUAAGGAUGGAGCGGGUGUCCGGACUGCUCUCCUGGACGCUGAGCAGAGUCCUGUGGCUGUCGGGCCUCUUUGAGCGGGGAGCUGCCCGGCAGCCCCGGAUCAUGGAAGAGAAAGCGCUAGAAGUUUAUGAUUUGAUUCGAACUAUCCGGGACCCAGAGAAACCCAAUACUUUAGAAGAACUGGAAGUGGUAACGGAAAGUUGUGUGGAGGUUCAGGAGAUAAAUGAAGAAGACUAUUUGGUUAUUAUCAGGUUCACGCCAACAGUACCUCAUUGCUCUUUGGCGACUCUUAUUGGGCUGUGCUUAAGAGUUAAACUUCAGCGGUGUUUACCGUUUAAACAUAAGUUGGAAAUCUACAUCUCUGAAGGAACCCACUCAACAGAGGAAGAUAUCAACAAGCAGAUAAAUGACAAAGAGCGAGUGGCAGCUGCGAUGGAGAACCCCAACUUACGGGAAAUCGUGGAACAGUGUGUCCUUGAACCUGACUAAUAGCUGUUUUAAGAGCCACUGAACUGGAAUCAUUUGAUAUAUUUGUUUAAACUCUUUGUAAAAUGUAAAAGACUCAUGUUUAAUACGUAGGUGAUUUGUACCUCAGUGCAUUUUUUUAAAGGAUGAUUUCCAAGCAAGAUUUAAUUAUAAGGUAGUACCUAGUUUGUUCAGUGUUUAACAUUCUCAGGAUUUGUAACACUUAAAUGAUCAGACAGAAAAAUAUUUUCUAGUAAUUAUGUGUCAGAUGAGUUGCUAUUUUUCUGAUGCCCAUUCUGAUACAACUGCUUUUCACAUCAAAUAUUUACUGUGCCCAAAUAUAUUCAGUUUAAAUCAUUACUCUGUAAAUAAAUAAAACAGAGAUGAUUCUUGUA